AUGCCGCUCGAAGCGAGCGAUGAGAUGAGCAACCACCUGGGCAGUUGCCUGCAGGAAGAAUACAGAUCACCGCAUCUGAAUGCCGACUGUCGUGCAACCGAAGAUACAUCAGAUCCCAUCACAACGCAUACAUUGUCUACUGACCACCCCCGCUCCCCGAUUGGCCCCUUCUUCACCUCCCUGUACUGCAACCCCCAGCACUUCCACAUCUCGCCGCAAUAUCCAGCAGCCGUCCGUGCAAUCCAUGGCCUGGGCACCCCGGGCAGUUCAACCCCGACGGGAUACGGUCGCACCAUCGGCCCAGUGGCCGCGAUCGCCACGACGAGGCUGGUCCUGAAGUUCCCACCGGCCAUACCCGCUAACUUUCCUAGGUAA